AUGACAGCUGCUGCAAACCUAAUAUUUUCGCCCACAAUGACAUCGCGACCUCCAAAUCAUGAUAUGACCGAGGAAGAGUUAUCAAGACGAAGGAACUUCAAAAAGCACAAGGUGCUCCCCCAUCCGUCGAGGCAAAGAGAAAAUGCUGGGAGCAUAGUCAACGAUCAGCGAUCUCCGCAAGCAAGGCGUACCCUCAGCUCGAGUGACGCGCAAUCACGCAAGAAGACUUCGCAGUCGCCAAACUCGCCUACCCUGAAGCAUCAGUCGAGACGUAUUCGAAGUGGCCCCGUCAUGCCUCCGACCCCCCCCGCCCACUCGCGAACCUCCUCAAGUAGUCACUCCAUACAGCUGCACAGCCCGACGGACGCUGCAACACCCUCUCAGAGCCUCGAAAAGGUCUCGACGCAUCUCGAAAGACCCACGACCCCCCAGAAUCAGCAGAGUCCCCCAACACCUGAUGUGACACCCCCUCAACCAGCCACUCGCCCGAAGGCAUUGCGGCCCGUCUUUGGUGAUCGCUCCAUUUCAAAGACUACUACGUCAGAGUCUCGAACCGAGUCCUUUCGAACGGCAAGAGAAGAGCCCUAUUCGUCUGAAGAUGACUGCAAGUCCACUAUACGACCGAGUCUACCAUCUCCACGUACAUCGCAGACUACUGUUCGGCAGAUUUCACAACACAAGGUUAAGAAAGCGUCGCACCCGAGCGGCAUCGGACUUGGACUCGACUUUGACCCCAAGACCGACGACAGCCUGACACCGAGAACGAAAGGAGAGUUCAUCAAAUUUGAUGCUGGAUGGGAAUCGUCCAAUGAAGUGGAAAAGGAAUGGGACGACAACCUAGGCAGACAUGUCAUGGUAAGGAAAACGCGCAAAACGCCGGAAACGCCGCAUACUCCUCGCCUGAGCGAACAUGGAAACGAGGUUUUCGAUGAUGAUCUCAUCUCUCCCUCUAAUGCCACCAAAGCGCUUCGAGCCGUACCGUUGCAUGACAGAAUGACGACACAUCCCGUUGCCAAACAUUCACCCGAAAGAAAGACUGCAAGGUCGAAACCAGCAGCAUCGGAAAGCUUUAGCGCCCCAGACCACCGAAGGCUCUCCGGAACGUCUGCAAAGUCGAGUGUGUCCACUGUCGUUGAGGCGAUCUUGGUCGACACACCCUCGCCGCCUCAGCGACAACAGACUCUGCGCCAUGUCCAGCCGUACGCCUUCUCUGAGAUCAACGAGCAGCCAUCGGACCCGACGCAGUCUGAGUGUAAACUCGGUGCAACGGGUGAAUGCUACUAA